UUGGUUGAAUCACAGAUGCGGAGCCACAGAUACAGAGGAACCAUCUGUACGGAGGGUUAACUAACUCUAAGUUCUGUAUAGAUUUUCAGUUGUGCAGAGGGUUGGUGCCCCUGAUCCCUGUGUUGUUCCAGGGUCAGCUGUGUUUCCUCAGCACCUGCAUAUCUCUGAUAAGCACCCCAGGUGCAGAGCGUAGUGUUCUGUGCGUUGGAUAUUGUAUGGUGUCCAGGAUCUGCUUUCAAAUACUGCAACCUCCCCAAAUUCUGGGGUGCUAUAUGAAACUGGCAGAGUGUCAAUAAUUGCUGAAGCUGGGUUCAUUACAUACAGGGGGCUUCACGGUACUCCUGUCUCAGCUGUGGAAUGUUUGACAGUUUCUCAAUAAGAAGUUGUUUUUGCCUUUUCCUUUUAAAGUGUGUUGUGACAGCUUCCUUGGGCCCACUUUCUCUCUGUGUCACCCCAGGCCGACGUGAUGGCGGACAGGGUCCCACGCUGCCCGGUCUGCACUGGCGUUGUGAAGCCCGACAUCGUGUUCUUUGGGGAGAUGCUGCCCCACAGGUUCCUGCUGCAUCUGGCUGACUUCCCCAUGGCAGACCUGCUGCUCAUCCUUGGGACCUCUCUGGAGGUGGAACCUUUCGCCAGCUUGUCUGAGGCCGUGCGGAGCUCGGUGCCCCGCCUGCUCAUCAACCGGGACUUGGUCGGGUCCUUGGCUAGGCAUCCUCGGGGCAGGGAUGUGGUCCAGCUGGGGGACGUGGUUCACGGUGUGAAAAGGCUGGUGGAGCUUCUGGGCUGGACGGAGGAGAUGCGGGACCUCAUCCGGCGGGAAGCUGGAAAGUUUGAUGGUCGGGACAAAUUAGGAGAGUGAGGGCCACUCCUUGCACCAGAAAUGGCUGUACGGGAGUCACGGCCCGCUUCUGAUGAGCCCUCUGCCUGAAGAACAGCUCGGGCACGUUGACAAAUUUUGGCUGAACCAGAACAUGCGACCUGAGGCUGCCCCUGGAGUGUCUUCCCAGGUCAUAAGAGCCUGUGCACUCAGGGCCACCCCAGCCACAGAUGUGCAGGAGCUGCCUGGCCUGACUUUUUGCUGAAGCUCUUAAUGCCACAAGCGUUCUUCUGAUGGUGAACCUCUUGAACUCAAGACAACCUGGAACCCCAGACUGGACUCCAUCUGAAGGGCAGGUUCAGCAUCUGUCCACUUGGGUCGAGCAGCCCGUCACACCCCAAGCAUGGGCCUGGGUCCCAGGUAAUGCACCAGGGUUUUCUAGCACGUUGGCCUCUUUAGUAGGUUUAUUUUUAGAGAUUGUCCUUCAUUUCUGGCAUGCAGUAAACUGUAAUAGAGAAACUGGGCAUCCCUUCAUUUUUGUCUCC